AUGAUGAUUGAGAUUUUCAUGUUUUACUCAGAUAUUCUGAGAGAUAGGAGCGGGACCCGAGUGGCCGAGCCCCUGGCGGACGCUCCAGGUGGGGAAAACGCUGGAGGAGAGGCGCCCCCUCGUCUCUUCUCGGACCGAGCCCGCCCCGCUCCCCAGCGGCCAGGUCCACUUGUUAGAGCGCCCGGGCUCUGCGCGCCAGCCGAGGCGAGGCCCCCGCCCCCGGCCCUUCAGAACCGGAGGAGUUGGUUGGCAAAAGUGUCGCCCAAGAAGCCUAGUGAGCAGGGCAGCGCCCCCAGGGCCCGCUGA